UGGUCCCUGGUCAGGUUCAUUGCACGCAUCUUUCCAUGCCACUCUUUUACACUGCAAACUGAUACAGUGAUACUUCAAAAUUUAAACUUAAAAAGGAAGAAAACAAAGCAGGGCUUUGGGUCUCAAUUCUUCCAAUUUCCUCAUUUCCGGGAACUCAACCACCGAACCCUAAAACACUUCCAAGUUUUCUAUAAACCAUGGCGUCUUGUGGUUCCAACGGAGUUGAAUCCCCAAACACGCUCCAAUCCAUAUGUUACAACCGCGGUUCCCUUCAGCUUCUCGAUCAGAGGAAGCUACCUCUGGAAACAAUUUUUUUGGACAUAAAGGAUUCCACUGAUGGCUGGAAUGCCAUACGGGAUAUGGUGGUCCGGGGAGCACCUGCUAUUGCCAUUGCAGCUGCACUCUCUCUGGCUGUUGAGGUGUCUAAUCUAGGUUCUUUUAAUGGGUCGCCUGGUGAUGCUGCUUCCUUGUUGCAAAGCAAGUUAGAAUAUCUUGUCUCAAGUCGGCCAACUGCAGUAAACUUAUCAGAUGCUGCAACAAAGCUAAAAGAAGUCAUAUCUAAGGCUGCUGCUACCAGUUCAGAGGCCAGGAGUGUUUUCCAGGCAUAUAUAGAAGCAGCUGAAAUUAUGCUUGAGGAUGAUGUUGCCUCAAACAAAGCAAUUGGUUCAUAUGGAGCAAAGUUCAUGCAACAGCAAAUGGAGAAACAGAAACUUUCUGUCUUGACCCAUUGCAACACUGGAAGUCUAGCCACAGCUGGAUAUGGUACUGCUCUGGGUGUAAUUCGCGCACUUCACAGUGGAGGAGUUUUAGAAAGGGCUUAUUGCACUGAAACCCGGCCAUUUAAUCAAGGUGCUAGACUUACUGCCUAUGAGUUAGUGCAUGAUAAAAUACCAGCUACUCUUAUAGCAGAUUCUGCUGCUGCUGCCUUAAUGAGAGCCGGACGUGUGGAUGCUGUUGUUGUUGGAGCCGAUCGUGUUGCAUCAAAUGGUGACACAGCCAACAAAAUUGGGACCUAUAGCGUUGCCUUGUGUGCCAAGUUUCACAAUGUACCUUUUUAUGUGGCUGCACCGCUGACUUCGAUUGAUCUGUCACUUUCUUCCGGAGAAGAAAUCGUCAUUGAGGAGAGAUCUCCGAAGGAGUUGUUGAACACACGAGGAGGACUUGGAGAGCAAGUUGCUGCCUCAGGAAUUUCGGUAUGGAAUCCGGCUUUCGAUGUUACACCUGCUGGUCUAAUACAUGGAAUCAUAACUGAGAAGGGUGUCAUUACAAAGAUGUCUCCGGCUGAUGCUUUUGACAUAAAAGCAUUCAUACAGAAAACAGGUUAGGUGGCUGAAGUGCUUUGUAUUAAUGAUGAUCCAUGCUGGUGGAGUAAGAAAUUUCUCAGACAUGUAACAUUUAUCGUGGAUUUUAAGUGUGUUUAAUGUCAUUUGGGGACAUUGUUAAUAAACAUCUCAAUAAAAAUUGUGGGGAUGAUGUGAACUCGGGUGCAUAUAUGCUACAAAUUCAAUGACCCCGUGAGGUGACGUCGUUGAAGAUGAGGAGCACCAAUGAAACACAGCACAUUUAACUUGCAUAAUUGUUAGUAGUCGCCUAGUGGAAAUGGAACCUCUCCGGUGGAAAAAAACACUUGAGAGAAUAAAGUUUUUUAA